AUGGCGAGUAGCCAAGGAACGGAAGGAGACUCGGGUUUCGAUGUUAAGUUAUAUCGAUAUACUCCGUCGCUGGGAGCAGCUAUCGUGAGUGUUGUGGUCUUCGCCGUUCUCACUAUCCUUCACGCCUGGAAGCCGCUCAGAGCUCGAGCGCAGAUUCGCGUAGUAAUGCUAAUGGAACUUUACGCAGUCCAAGCAAUUGGUUACUGUGGUCGAAUAUGGAGCCACUACGAUACUCUGUCGGUUGGUGGGUUCGUCCUACAAGCUAUCCUAAUUCUUGUGGCCCCCGCACUCUACGCCGCCUCUAUUUACAUGAUCUUGGGCCGACUGAUUCGCACCCUUCGAGCUCAACACCUAUCUCUAAUCCGAGCUGGGGGUGGAGGCGUACAAUCUGGCGGAACGCUAGACCUUUAUAACUCCGGCGAAAAGAUCAUUAUCGCGGGACUAUUCUGUCAGAUCUGCGUGUUCGGCUUCUUCAUGAUCACAGCCAUCCUUUUCCACCGCCGCAUAAGCAAGGCGCCAACUCGUAUGGCGAGGAGAGGUGGUAUUCCUUGGCAGCGAUAUCUCUACGUCCUUUAUAUCGCCAGCUUUAUUAUCAUGAUCCGCAGUGUGUUCCGUGUAGUUGAGUAUCUGCAGGGAAAUAGCGGAUAUCUGAUAUCUCAUGAAAUAUUCCUUUAUAUUUUCGACACAAUCCUCAUGGCCGCUGUUAUGUUUAUCUUCUUGAUUUGGUAUGUGGAACAGCUCAGUCUUAAGAAGAAGACCCACUGGCGCCAGCGCCAGGAAGAUAGUGACGGCGACGGUGUGUUGAAGGAGCUGAGUCAAGGGGUCUGAAAGGUGCCGCUUCUGCAUUGGAUUGCGAGAUUUGGCUUGUGUGGAUUAUGUUCUGGCCUGUUGUAAUGCGGCUCUGUGAUUCUGCAAGCCAGAAAUGGAAUUAAACGAGCUUGGCUAAACGAGAGAGUCGGG